ACUGAUGAGCCGAAAUGUUCGUGUUGUGUGGUCUGGCAAAUAUCAGCCACGGGCAACUUGGUUCGAGCGGAUUAUCAGACGAACCAGGCGACUGACAAGGAGAUUGAUUAUGAAAAUGAUGAGAAGGAUUAUGGGGCUGCCGAAUCAGAAGAAUGGGCGUUUCUUGGCUCGGAAUUUAUCAAGGAGAUGAUCGCGAUUGCAAAUUCAAACAAAGUGGAGCUUGCACCGAGUAGCGAAAGGGUUGUGCAGUUUGUGUCGCAGCCAAUAUUCGGGACGAUGUACUGGCGUGGAGCUCCCGCCCAAUUCGGCAAAAAUUUGGAUUACAAAGCAGUGAGUAUUGGAAAUUUGAUGAUUCGGUUCAAAUUAGAUGGACAAAUGCCACUCUUUCCUGACCUUUCCGUGGCAUUUUUUGCUCACAUUUAA